AUGCUCUUUGCCCAGGUUCUUUGGUGGACAUUAGGCAUCCUCGGUCUCAUAGUGCUCCUUAUCAGAAUACUCGGCCUCGCCUGGGAAAAACUGCGACUCAUCUCAUCCAUGAGCCAACCAGCAGACAAGCAAGGCUACUGGAAGUUGACGCCGUGGAGCUGGAUGCCCAGCCUGAAGAGAAACCUCAUCUAUGCUCCGCUGUGGAAAAAGCGUCACAAUCGUGAGAUACGGCUUUCGAGUGCUUUAAACGUCGGGACCAUACCAUCCAGGCUUCAUACUGUCAUCCUCCUCGGCUAUGUGGCAAGCAACUUGGGUUACAUGGUGGCUGUCAACUGGAAAAACCCAAACAUGUACGAGGUGUGCGCCGAGAUCCGUGGCCGCUCUGGGACACUGUCGGUCGUGAGCAUGAUACCCCUCAUGAUCUUCGCUACCCGAAAUAACCCUUUGAUCAGCCUCCUCAGCGUUAGCUUCGACACAUUCAAUUUGUUGCACCGCUGGAUGGGCCGGAUUGUGGUUUUCGAGGUUGUGGUCCACUUCGUCUCUUGGGCAAUCGUCCAAGUUGCUGAUGGUGGGUGGGACAGCGUCGGCAUGAAGAUUCUGCACGACAGAUUCAUUGCCUCCGGUACCGUAGGCUCAGCUGCCAUGGUCGUCAUCCUGUUUUUGGCACUAUCACCCGUCAGGCAUGCGUUUUACGAGACGUUCCUGAACAUCCACAUACUUCUCGCAUUUGUUGCAUUCGUCACCACAUGGAUUCACUGCGUUUCUGCCGGGGUCGUAGGUGGUCUCCCUCAGACGCCUUGGAUUAUUGCCAUUUUGCUUCUAUGGGUAGCUGAGAGGCUCGCGCGGACGAUCCGUCUCUUCCACUACAACAGGUCGAAGCGCGGCUACACCGAGGCCUUCGUCGAGCCCAUGCCUGGCGAGGCCUGCCGUGUGACAAUGCACUUGCCACGACAUGUCAGGAUCCAACCCGGCCAGCACGCCUAUCUGCGCUUCGCAGGCCUCAAUCCCUGGGAGAAUCAUCCAUUUUCCAUAGCCUGGUUCGAGGAUAAGCACGGCGAUUCUCUCCUUCCCGUCCACGAAAAGGAUAUGGAGAAGAUUCAGGAACCCACGGGCACAACCGUGUCAUUCCUCAUCAGCGCUCGUACCGGCUUCACUCGGAAGUUGUACAAUACGGCCGUGGCGUCAAAUUCUAGCGCCGUCACCAUGCGCGCUGCCUUCGAGGGCCCAUAUGCCGGCCACAACAGCCUCGACAGCUAUGGGCACUGUGUUCUGUUCGCUGGUGCGACAGGCAUCACCCACCAGAUCAGCUACAUUCGGCAUCUAAUAGAGGGCUAUAAUGCAGGCACCGUCGCCACACGCCGGGUCACCCUUCUGUGGAUCAUUCGCGACUACGAGAUGCUGGAGUGGGCGCGCCCUUGGAUGGACCAAAUCCUCCGCCUCCCGAACCGCAAAGAGAUACUUCGGAUCAAGCUCUUUAUCACCCGGCCCAAGAACGCGAACGAAGUCGUCUCCAACUCGAACACUGUCCGCAUGUCUGCUGGCCGUCCGAACAUUGCUCUCGAACUAGCGAAGGAAGUACGCGAGCAGACGGGCGCGAUGAAGGUUACCGUGUGCGGCCCUGGAGCGCUUGCAGAUGACGUCCGUGACGCUGUACGCAAAGCCCAGAAAGGGACGCAGAACGACAUCCUGUUUGAGGAGGAAUCGUUCACAUGGUAA